UCGGUACCCUCCGUAUUUUGUUGACAAGCGACGCGACGAGGACGAAAGAGAGGCCGUGGUUGAGGAGCCGGAGAGGGGCAUAGACAUGAACGCAGGAUUUUCCCGGAUAGGAGUAGCUAUCCCCGGACAGCGGAGAGGUAGGGACCUCUAAACGUAUGACCUCUAUGCCAGAGGAUUAUGACGUCUUUCCGACCUCGUCCUUUAACGUCCCUGAGUUGUAUGACGAUGAGACAGUGGAGGUUCCUUUCGUGAGUCGUGAAGGAGCCUCCUACAGAGACUAUCGCAGCCCCAGAUCCGUGCUUGCGGAUAGGGGAGUAUGGAUGUGGAUGUACCACGACGCGAGCUUUGAGCACGACCGUCGAGGACGGGUAGUACCCGACUCGAUGAGGAUAGACGUGAGGGCAUAUAUAUACAUAGACAGGACCGCAGAGGUCACGAUUAUAGUGGAGAGCUUGACGUUGGGAGAGAGCACCUCGAUACGCAAGGCGGAGGACAUUCUCGACGCAGAGGUUAGGGACACAGUCAGAGGCGAGGAGGACUUCUUCGAGAAGCGCAGACCGUGGUGUAGCGAUACGAGGCCGUGUCCUGUGAGGGGGCACUUAGCCUUAGCAGCGCCAUGGUACUUUCCAUAUCCACAAGGAUUCUUCGAAGUAGCGACAGUGAUCCCUUUGUUCGUAGUGGAUCAGCUCUUCGGUGGGAUAGGGAACCUGGUGCAGAGUUAUCUCCUUACGAAGGAGCUUGAGAGACUUUUUCAGAGCAAUGUCCAGAGGCGACUUUUCUACUCUGCUCAACUCUUGCGAGGCUUUAUAGACAGGGAGGACCGUAUAGAGCUUGUGGAGUUUGUCCGAUCGUUCGUAUACCUGUGGGCGUCUGAGGGAGAGCCUUUCCCCUACGACGUAUUCCGGAGUGCUCUAUCAAGGGGGACUUACCAUUUGGGAGGCGUGGCCACGUUGUUUGACGACGAGUCAUAUUGGCCGGACGCAGGGCUUGUUAGGAUCAACGAGCUCGAGUGCCACUACGGGUACCACGACAUAGGGGAAGCGGAUGAGGACUGGCCAGAGGAGGAAUCGGACCAGUGGAUUUUCGACGACGACGGCCGUAGGAUCCGGGUACAGCCGGACCUAGGGUUGGCGGAUCUCUUCGGAGAGGACUGGCCCAAGGACGGGCCAGAGGAGGGUAGCAUCCAUUGGCCGCGUCUGGGGACGGAGUUCAGUGAGAGAAGAAGGGAUUCCUGCUCCGCCAGUCACGGGCUGGAACUGAGAGCGAAGGAACGAGAGGGGCCUAUUGUCAAGAACUUAGCCCAUAGCGAUUGGGCGACUUGAGUUAAUGAGUUAGCUUGAGUGAUGAGGAGUGACUCAGCAGCUUGGCUAACUUAUAGC